AUGUUUAAUAAGAAGGAGUACCUGCCAGGCUACACUGGGUUCGUUGCAAAGAAGAAUGAUAUCUAUGGUGUUACAGUAGGAGAGGCUAGCAGGCAGCUGAACCAUGAAAGUUUUAAAUACACUAAUUUCACAGCUGAUAAUGAAGCUCAGAGUGGUAUUAACAGGCAGAAAUGAGUUUAUUCUUCUAAGCCUGUACCUGCCGAUGAGAGUCUCAAGGUGACCCUUAGUAAUAGAUCCAAAGAAGGUAAAACCUGGAUUGGUGGCCAUACACAGGAUUUAAAACCACAACAUGUACCUGGGUACAAAGGCCAUGUUCCUGGAAUUCACUCUGAGAAUGUUUUUGGAAGAACUUAUGGGCACACUACGGGUAAGAUCAUUGCUAGAGAGCAUAAUGUUGGCAAUGAGAUAACUAAUGAAGAUAGAUUCACCACUACCACUAGACAAGAGUUUGACAAUAAGAAUCAUAGAAGACUUGCACAGAACGGUGAAGCUCUCAUGAAGAAGGACAAAGAAGAUUUCGAAGAGUAUUUCUCAACAAUGGGUAUUGACCCAGUGGAACUAGCCAGACUUCCAACUGAACCUAGAGCUAUUGAUGAACUCCCUACGAUUGGGUACUGAGGAUCUGAGUCGUUGUACAGACAUAAUUUGAUGAAAAAGGCAGGAGCACCUAAUUAUUUAGAUGUAUCUCCUUUAAAAGCCAAGCUCCGUUCAGCUAGUAAUUAUGAUUUGCAGGGAACUGAAACGUAUCAAAAGCUUUCUAAAGGAUUCCAAAAGGCUGUUGAUAAGAACACUGAUUUAUCUGAGAAACCCGUCUCUAUCCCUGUUGUAGGUUAUACUGGACAUAGACCAGGAAACAAGGCUCAGAAUUUCCACGGAAAGGCUUUCAAGGAAUGCACUAUGCAAAGCAAAUGGAUUGAGCAUAUGACUAAAUAAACUAGGUUUGCUAAGUUUCGAUGAAGAUUACCCAAAACUUCACAAUACUCAAUUUG